GACUUAAAGGAGUGCCUGUUUAGACUGCUGGCUGCCAAUGACAGCUGCCAGAGCAGAGACACCCUCUAAGCCCCACAACCUCUCGCCAGCAGAGCGCAAGUCCUGGACACAGGCAGUUUCUCGUGACUGGCAAGCUUUGGGCAAAGCGCCCUUGGCUGUUCGAGUCGAUGCCAGGUUGGGGCUUGCAGCGGUAAAACAGGACUGGAGGGCGACCCAAUUUGCUGCACCCUGUCUUCGGGGAGACAAGGAGUUCAUGCUGCAGGCGUUGAAGCGCUCCGGGAUGGCUUUGCAAUUUGCAUCCGAAGCUCUCCGGUGCGACCGGGAGGUUGUGCUGGAGGCUGCACGGCAGGAUGGCUGCUCCGUGCGCUUCGCCUUCUACCAAGCUUUCAGGGAGGAUUUCGACAUCAUGAAAGAGGCCAUCGCAAAUGACUGGCGCUCAUAUGGGUAUGCAUCGAACGAGCUGAAGAGGAACAAAGACUUAGCUCUCUUCGCCAUUGAGCAGAGCUGGGAAACACUGCAGUUCGUUGACGAGGACCUGCAAGAUGACUUGGAGGUCAUGAGCGCAGCAGUCUCCCAGAAGGGCGAGGCGCUACGAUAUGCCAGCGACAGGCUGCGAAUACACCCUGAGUUGGUCCGAAAGGCAGAUGAGAUGGGCUGGCAAGUGGUCACCGAGGGCAACGAUGUCGCCUUGCAGUUGAGGACGCAAGGCAUCACUUGGGCCCCGCGGCCUGUCAGAUGAUGCCAGGAGGUGUGGCAGCGGAAUUCACGCCACUUAGCUUGUGCCUGGCCUUGCGCUUCCUUCCAUGCGAUAGCAGACGUCCUUAUUCGCAAAAGCGAUGAGGACACUGGAAGGCUUUGGCCAGAGAGUCAAAACUCAAAGUCGCACAAAAUCGCGACACGUGCGCUUUCGGCUGCGACCUGCUGUUUGCAUGCCAGUAAGCCCACUGCUUUUGCCAUUGCAGGCUGACUGGGAAUGAGUCGAUGGAUCAAACCUUGGCAAAUUUCCCGUCUGUCUUUUGGCUCAGCCAUUGGCAGUGCCUUCAGCCGGACCUUCCUUCACUUGCUUGCAGCGCAGGCCAUUUGCAGCCUGACAUGCGCGAUCCUGAAGGCUUCCCGGGCGAGGAUACAAGAGAUCAUGGCAAUCUGGAAGGAGAGCCUCAACGGGAGUCAGGCAGAAAAUGGGCGUGGAUGCGCCGUGCAGCAACUGGAGCAGCAGCUCUUGGCAUGGUGGGCCUGGUGCGUGCUUCAGCAAUGGGUGAGCUGGCGACUUCGGGGAGGUCUUUGAAGUCGAUUGACAACACCGACCCACAGUGGGGCUGCGGUCUGCUGGGGGCUUUGCCCGGAAUCUCCGAAGAUGGGGUGGCGGCUCCCGAGACCCAGCGCCUUAUCGAGUCCCUGAAGCGUAGCAGCUCUUUCGGGAAGGUGAGCUUUUGGAACUGGAACCUGGCACCUCAGACCACACCGGACGGGGCCACCGAGCACCUCACCAAGGACUUCACCUUUAUGCCGGAGGUUUGGGGCGCCAACGUGGUGAACGCCGAGUGGGUGCGCGAGGCCGGCGCCGUGGACUUUUGGGACUCCAACGGCAAGAAGUCCCCCGCACAGAUGGCCAACAUCUUCAUGGGUAUGAAUGAGCCCGACAUCCAGGGAAGCUGCAUGGGUGACAUGUUCGGGACCUGCACCAGGCCAUGUACUCCAGACGCUGUCCGCGCAAACGACUGCCCUGCAGCCAACCGUCAAAUUGGAUUGCCUCCCUCGCCGCCGAACAGUCGUGGCAUGUGUGACUGCUGGUCGAUGUCAGAGGCCACAGGUGUGGGAUUUUGGCCAGUGCCGGGGUGUUCUGCAGAGCAGCCACUGCCAGAUUUGUGGAAUCAAGAGCCGCAGUGCAUAGACAAAGUCAUGAGCAAUUGGAAAGAGACAGCGCGAAUCGCAUGGCAGAAGGGCUACAAAUACCUGACUACACCUUUGCUGGCUGUGGAUGUCAGCUAUGCAGAGAAGUUUAUUGAGAAAGCUUGUGGCUGUGUAAAUGGAGCGUGCUCAUGCACGGACGCCUCGUGUGGCUGCCCAGUCUAUGUAGGGCUGCACUUCUAUGCUUUUGACUGCCGGCCUCGGGAGACUGGCGCAUACCACCAUUUCGAGGAGCGGGUGAACCUCAUCGCACGGCUCAUGGAGAAGUACACCUUCUUGAAGGGGGCCAUCAUCAAUGAGGUCGGCAUGCUCAACUGUGCCCCCACGGAAGAAGAUCCGAUUUGCGUCCCGGACUCUGGCAAAUUCCCGGCUAAGCUGGACAAAAACUUUGGCUGCCCAGCCAAUGAAGAGUUGCCGGAGGGCUUGGCCACGUUCGUCACCGAGAUCCUCGAGUUGUCAAUUGGUAUCACCACAUCCGACGGACGGCCCGUCGUGAAGAGCUUUUCCUGGUUCAACAUUGACCGCGGGGGAGGCACUUACAACUUGCGACUCUUCGACGACGAUGGUACGGUGAACAAGCUGGGGGAAGCGUACAUGCGAACCUGCGAGAAGUGGGGAGAGAGGCUGUGAUUCGGCAGCUUUUGUUUCAGGUCCAGUGAAAGGCCAUACUGCCAAAUUCGUGGAGUUGAUUCUUCUGCUGAAGGGUGCGUCGCCUUGGUGAAAGUCACUCGGGCGUCCACCAGUUUCCCUUUUGAAGUACUUGAAUGCACAGGCAUCUCAGGCCCAGUCGCCUUGACCGGUAGGUCACAAUGUCAGGCAAGUAGGUCAUGAGUGGUCAUAAUUCAUGAAUGGUCAUGGGCGUGAGCCAUUGCAUGCAUCCUUGAUGGAUUGCUUGAUGUCGGCAGCCUGCUUCAUUCCCAGGGACGUGGCAUAGGACUC